ACGUGCGGUUCAGUGUGCUCACAGAGCCUGGCCGGUGAAGGUGGAUUAUUGGCAGUUACCCGCACGGAGGACUGUGUGAGUUAAUAUUCUUAUGUACUAGUUCCCUAAGUCCUGGAGGCGCGGGCGUGUGUGCUGGGAGAGGCCUGCGGAGUGCGCUGAGGCCACAAUGAUGACUCUGGGAUCCACUUGACGCCCCUGACCUGCCUCGGUGCCAAAAUUUCCUCUCAUUGGUCCUCCUCCACGCCGCCGACUACCAAUUAGCGCACGCCACGUCACGCCACACUGGCCAAUCAGCGCACGCAACUCCACGGGACACCUAAUCCUCCUGAAGUAACUGAUAACUGAUGAAAAUUAAUCGUAUUUAUAUCAUUAGCGUGCCUGUCCUUUGCUUUUUUUUGUACCAGUGAGUGAAUAAGGUAAGAUAUAAUUUGUAAUCUACCUUUGGACUCUGGAAGAUGUGGUGGAAGUUGUGAAAUGUGACAGAAAUGUGGAAUUAGAAGAAAAAUAGUAAAAUCAAAAUCAAACAGUGUCUUCCAUCUGUUUUGAAUGAUGUGAAGGACGUCGCGAUUAGCUGGUGUUUUGUGCUGGUAUGAAACGUUUCUCUCAGUGAUUGGUUCCCCUUCUGAAAUAGUCCACCAUUGCGUUAAAAGAAAAUAAGAAAGAAUAAGACUGAUUCACAAAUGAGGAAAUAUCAGACGCCAGAAGUGAAGAAUAAAGGCUCUGAAAUGAAAAUAAAACGAUACAAUGCAGCCUCGAGGACAGAACGAGAUAUGAAAGAACAAAACAAAAGCAUAUCAUAAAACAAAAUCAAGUCAAUUACGUUAAAUGUAAUAAACGCCUUUGAAAAGUAAAUACAAAUGUGCUGAGGCCCUGUGAAUUUUAGUGACAAAGAGCGAAUUGAAAAAAUAAAAAGGAUCAGCCAUUUAAGUUACAUUUGCAAGACAGCAGAACACAGAUAAAACUAUUUAAUGUAAAAAGAGUAUUGACGAAAAUGGAUUGUUAGUCUGAAGAUUACUAAGAGGAACAAAAAAUCAGUUAAAAAUAAGAUUGAACAACUAAAUAAAAGAUACAAAACUAAAUCAAGAGCAACAAUUUUUUUUUAUAUAAACACGAGAAACAAAAACUAAGAAGAACAAAAGGGACUGAAACCUACUAAAAACACGUGAAACAAAAAGAGGAACAAAAAGGGAUUGAAACCUUUAUAAAACGCCUAACCACCACCACUACUUAGAAAACAGCAACAAAAAGAACAACAACAAUAAGCCAACCGAAAAGCACAAAACGCCCAGAUACUCGCGCGACAACACAAGGAGAUUCGGAGCCUCUUCACCCACCCUUCCAAGCCUCCUCACUCAAGAUGCUUCCCUCGCCGAUGCGCGCUCUCUGCCUCGGCCCCCGGGAGCACGCGGGAGCCGAGGAGGAGCAGGACGCCCCUCACGACGAGCUCCAUCUGGCGGUGCUCACGGGAAGGACGAAAAGGAUUAAGAACCUGCUGAGGAAAGGCGUCCACAUCGAGAGCGUCAACAGCCACGGCCAGACGCCACUCUUCUGCGCGUCCUUCGGCGGCGACAACGAGGUGGUGUCGCUGCUGCUGCGUCUGGGAGCCAACCCGAACAGGCGCUGCGGCAGUAAAGGCGCCACCCCUGUCCACGGCGCCGCCUACAGGGGGUCCAGACGGGUGCUGCGGUUGCUGGUGGAAGCCGGGGGAGACCUUGCCUUCAGGGAUUAUGAGAACUUUACGCCCAGGGACUACGCCUUGAAGCAGCCGUCGCCUAUUCGCCGCCAGAAAAUCCUUCACUUCCUGGACCUGUUGCUGGCCAUGACCCUGCACCGCUCCCUGGCCCGCGGCGCCCCCCACCACGCCGCCGGCCACGCCCCCGCCGCCGCCCCCGCCGCCCCAAACACCUCCCCCACCUCCCCGCCCGUCCUGUCCCACUCCUCCGCCGCCACCCUCCCGCACGCCGCCUCCAAGAACAGCCUGGCCCUCAAGCGUCAGGGGAGUCUGGCCAGCGUGUGGGGGGCGUGUGUGACAGAUGGGGGUGAUACGACUCCCCGCUCCCCCCCCUACACGGCCCCUCCGCCCACCUCAACCAUCCACAAGACGGUCUCGUGCCACCUGCUGGACCAGAUGUACGUGUCCACCUCCCUGCCGCUGCUCACCCCGGCCGACCUGCACCGCCCGGAGGUGACGGGGAUCGCUUACACGUGUGGCGGCCCUACCGUGUACUCCCCCUUCACCUGGCUGGGAACGAGGGUCACGGUCCGGCGCCCCACCCCCGCCCUCGCCCUGCCCAAACACAACGCCCAUAAAGGCGAGGACCGCAGCUCGUUAGACCCCGCCGCCUGCAAGAGCCUUCUUCAGGAGCUCUCUGUUCUUCGUCGCCUCCGUCACCCCGGCUUCCUGGAGGUGAUGGCCGCCUGUCACGUGGCCUCGCCGUCCCCAGACCACGUGACCCUCGUCUUUCAGCACGUGCAGUAUGGCUCUCUCUACCACCAUCUUCACGUGGAGCACCGCGACCUGAGCCUGGGCGGGGCCGUGGAGGUGCUGGUGGGCGUGGUGGAGGCACUCAUGUUCCUCCACGCCCACAACUGGCUCCACACCGCCGUCUCCUCGCACGCCCUCCACCUCGUCUCCACCCAUCACGCCAAGCUGGGGGGCUUCGAGUUCGCCAUGGAGAUGCACGGCAAGGGGUGCAGUAUGCGGGCGCCCCAACUGAACCCCGCCAGCUGGCUCGGUCCCUGGCAAGCUCCCGAGACCCUGACGGAGCAGAUGGUGUCCACGAGGUCUGAAGUGUACUCCCUCACCGCCGUCAUCUGGGAAGUGUGGGCAGGUAUGCCGCCGUGGUCUGGGGUGGAGGACCAGGAGGUGAAGCGAAGGGUGGGGGCCGGGGAGACUCUGCCCACCCUCACCCCGACGCCGCCCUCCCUCAUCACCUACCUCACCCAGUACGGCCUCAAGUGGAACUCACACGAAAGGGAGCUUGACUUGCAGGAGAUUCACACCAUGCUGAGGUCCCUGAAGAUUCAGUCCAACGAGGAGGAGCGCGUGCCCGUGGUGCCCGCCUGGGGGCCGCCCUCGGUGCCAAACACGCCCGUCAUCGGCCGCCACGCCUCGCCUAUCCCCGCCAAGGCCUCUACGCCCUCCCCGGCCUCCCAGCGCAGCGCCGUGACGCCCACCAAACCCCAAGCCCCCGCCGCGCACCCAGACGCACCCCAGAUCCCAGACUUAAACGGGAACAAGCAGCCAAACACACAGCAGGUCCCCCACCCACACCCUCAGACCCCCAACAGACGGUCGUUUGUGGAUCCGAGGAAGGCCCACUCGGGCGCAACGCAGCUGGUGGUGAAGGGCGAGGUGCACCAGAGCGAGGAGUCUUUUAGGACGACGCAGGGACGUCCCAGGCUGCUGCAGGAGACGCCUACAGGGAAAGGAUGGCCUGUAGGGAGUGUAGAUAGCGGGUUCUCGACGCCCUGCACCCGCACGCCAAGCCCCAACAUGGACACAAUCACCAGUGCCAAAAUCAACCCUUCAUUCCUGACCUCAACGCCUGCCAGGCCGCCCACCACUUGUGUGAUGCGGGCCGACAUUCAGCCUGACCUGCUGCCUAACAAGGUCACUCUCAAGGCCCUCAAGAACGGCCACACGCCUGACAUCCUUGCUCGGGGACCCAUGGAGGUUGGCCGCGGCGUGAGGGGCGGGGGCGGGGGCGGUGUGCCGGCUUUCCAGCCCCCAACCUCUCCCCUGUCCCCGGCCUGCCCCACCACCGACUCCUCGGACCACUCCCGCACCUCGUCGCCCACUGACCCAGGACGUGAGGCUCGCGGCUAUGGCUUCAUCUCCAACGCCGCCAAACGAGCCUUCCUUCAGGAGGCUGAGGGAGGGGCGGGAGGCGCCGAGGAGGGUGGGGAGCGGCCUGCCUUCGCCAGUCGGCGGGGCAGUUCGUCGGAUAUCAUGCUGAGGACGGAGGUGGUGCGUCGCGGCAUCAGCCUCACGAACAUCAGCAUCGCCUCCGCCGCCUCGCACUCCCUCGGGAUGCCCCGCACCACCUCACACGUCUCCCUCGCUAGCGCCUCCUCCAGCGGCAGCAGCGACAUGUGUGGGCGGCGGCCGGUGCGCACAGUGAGCCAAGUGACGCUCACGAUGCGCAAGCUGUCCCAGGUGUCCGACUCUUCCUCCAGCAAGGACGAGGUGUGCGACGCGCCGCCGCAGGAUAACGCAAGGGGCAGACGGGCACGCUCGCUGCCCAAGAGCCCCAAAUUCUCACCCACAAGUUGCGGGCGGCGUGAGGGCGUGGUGUCAGGUCAGGGUCACGUGGAGGACACAGCCAUCAAACCGGCCAGCCACCAAGUCACAAGGCACUCCUCCUCCUGCUCCCUCGCCAGCGGUCCGUCCAGCCCCACGCACUACUCCUCCUCCUCCCCCACCACCUGGGUCCCCCUUCACUCCGCGAGGCACCAGCAGCACCUCCAGCAGCAGGCCCCCCCUCCAUCCUCUUCUGCUACUCUGCCUGCUCAGCCCACGUCCCAGAAGACCUCUCCGCCUCAGUCGCCGAACUCUAGAUCAGCGAAGGGCGGCGUGGGUCGGCGGUGGGGCAGCAUGGGCGGCACUCCCUCGGGCCUGGCGGACGCGGCGGUCAAGAUCCAGCCGCGGCGACACUCGGAGGGACAGCGACCGAGGCCCCGAAGGUCACGACGCCGGCAGGAGGUGGAGAUCGAGGAGGAGUUCUUUGACGACGAAUUCAACGCACUCCUGUUCCAGCAGCCGCACAUGCAGCUAUCGGUUGGCUCCUCCGAGAACCUCCUGGAUAGCCGCGCGCCCCACUCCAUGCUAGCAGACGGGGCAGCGUCGCCGGUGAGUCUGGGCUUCAGCAGCUUCUCUCCGAGCCUUACGAGCAGCGAAGACGAGGAUGACGAGGCGGGUCUGAAGAGGCGACUAGCAGGGGCCGCGACCCGCUGGAGGAGACUCGGUGCCGUGAAGGAAACUGGGAACUCCGAGGAGGACCAAGAGAAUGGGGAGGAGGAGGAGGAGGCGGAGGGGGAUGACGAGGAGGAGGAGAAGGAGAAGAAAUCGUGCUCUAGCCGGAGUGACGGAGAGACCGGAGGAGAGGGGGAGAGCGGGGAGGGGCCGUGGAGGUACAAGGAGUUCGGAAAGGAGUACGAGCCGCUGAAGAGUGUGCAGCUGCUGAGGAACCUGAGAAGCGUGACCCAGUACCUCCCGGCCCACUCCAUUGCCAGUGACACGGACCCCGGGGAGAUGUAGCCGCGAGAGAGAGAGAGAGAGAGAGAGAGAGAGAGAGAGAGAGAGAGAGAUCACACCCACUCUCCUUUUCCUACCCCUUCUCUUCCUCCACCUCCUCCUCCUACCUCACAAAAGCAUCUCCUUCCUCUCAGCUCCUUCCCGCCUCGUUCCGUCCUUGUGCUUAAAAUGGAAGCUUAAUUUCCUCACAGGUUUUCUACAUACACUUCGCCGCCGCCGCCUUUUCCCUCCGUGGGCUGUAAAUACUACCAAGGCUGUUACUCUUUUUUUGUACCGAUGUAAGAACUCCCGUGAACUAGCCUAACACACACACACACACACACACACACACACACACACACGAUAACUGUAAAUGUAUCUAUCAUCACUUUUACGCUUACCAAUCCCUCUCAGCCGCUGCAUUUUAUAAGAACGUAGAUAUUCGCUUUUGUAUUAUUUUCAUUGUCAUUUUUUUUAUACAUUACAAGUCUCGGUUUCUCAUUUUUUUUCCUUAAUUUUCAUCAGGUAGAGUUUAUAAGGGAUAUUUUUUUGAAGGAAGAAAGCAUUUAUAGUCUCCUUACAGCCAUGGAGAGAGUCUAUUAUUAUUUCGUCUAUAGAUUUUUGUUUUGUCCAUGGAUUAUUUUGUUUUGUUUACGAAUGUUCCUUUUAUGCAUUUGUCUGAAGGUUGUUGGAUUGGAGAAGAAAAAAAAAGGGACAGAAAGGUUACAUUUGUUCUCGCAUUUUGUGAACUUGGUUGUCAGUCUUCUCUGUUUUGCUUUAUUACGAGCAUUUAGUAGACUAGUUAAGUUCUAAUUUAUUGCAUUACCUCUGUCGCUUUGUUUCAUUGUACCGGAGUGGGUGACUGUCGAUUGAAAAAUGCCGCCGAAUUCUGAGACCCUUUUUUUAUCAAUAGAAUUUUGAUGCAUUCCCAUUCACAUGUUUCUUUUUCCAUUUUAUUCUCAAUGCGGAAAGAAAGAAAAUGCAAUCUGGAGUUUUGAUGCAGAACAGUAUUAUCAUUAUUAUUAUUUUGUUAUUAUUAUUGUCAUCCUCAUCAUUAUUAUUUCUCCAUGUGCUGCUCACCUUAUAGUGUCGGCAGGUGAGACGCUCGUAGUGGGCCAGGUGUAGUCAGGUGUGUGUGUAGGUUAGUGACUCUCUACCAAAGAAGUGAAGGAGAGAAGAGGCAACCCGGUGUGGGGGGCAGGGCGGGGAUGGGGACGGAGAGGAAAAAAGACUCUUGAGUUUGGAAGAGCAAUGUGUCAGAAGGAGAAGAGCAAGAAAAACAAGUACAAAAAUAUUCCAGUAAGUAAAAGCAAUAUAGUAUCAGAAGGAGAAGAAGAAGAAAAAAUGAAGACUCAGAAGAUUUUAACAGGAGAGAAAGACAAACCAGAACAAGAAGAUUCAUUGGUUUAGAAGAAGAAUAUGAUGUCAGGAGAGGAAGAAGAACAACAACAAAAAGACUUGUAGGUUUUUAAGAGCUCUAAAAAGCUAAAGAAGAGAAUAACGCAUUGUGGAUUAUAAGUGUUAUGCUAGUAGUGUGUGCUGUUAAUAGGUUUUUUACACUGUAUCAUUUUCCUAUUGGCUAACAAUAUUUUACUUUUUUUAUUUAUUUUAUCUUGGGAUUUACGCGUACGUGAAUUUAAGCGUCGUAAUGUUGCCACUCGUCUCUUCCCAGGCAGUCCCGCUACCACUACUAACAUUAUUGAUAAGUAAAAAAAAAUAUCCAUCAACGUUUCUUCCUUGUUGCGCAGGAAUGAUUUUUUUUUUUUCACUUUUUUCUAAGUGUUAAUAUUUAUCAUGCUUUCCUCUGUUAGUAUUCAGUCUUUUUGUAUUAAUUUAUUCACUGUAAUAUGAAACCGACAUAUUGCAUUUAAUUUUGCGAAGGGAGUUGUGACGUAGUUUUAUAGUAAAUCAUGUUUUCAUUUAGUGCUUAUAUAAGUUUUUCAGAAGCUUUCUGAACACUUAUAUUACAUUUCCUGACGUAUUUUUGUACUUUUUGUGAAAAAUUAUGCCACAAAUAUUCUUGUUCUUGAACUGAGAAGAAACUUUGGGAUGCGUUGUAUUAAUUUAAUCUUUUCGCUUUGUCUUUGCAUUUACUUACCCAGUGACGCGCACUCACGAAAAGUAGAAACGACAACAGGAAACAGAGAAGCAGGAGCAGGACUAAGAGGAGAAGAAUGGUAGAAGAUGAAGUAAAAGAUGGCAUAGAGUGAGGAGGAAGAGCAAAAGCAAGGGAAGACUGUAUGAGAGGAGGAAGAGGAGAAACAAAAAUAAAGGUGUGUAGAGAUGAAGUGAUGGAAUGGAGGAUUAGGAGUAAAAGAUGACGUAAGAGAUGAUAGAGGCUGAGAAGGAGGAUCAUUAACAAGGGAAUGAGAUGUAGAAGAACGAAGAGUAGGAAGAGGAGGUAAAGAUGUGUAAAGAUUAAUCUGAUGAUGGAGAGGAGUAGGAGCAAAAGAUGAAGUAAGAGAUGACACAUAUUAAAAAGUAGUAUCAUAAGAAAGGGAAGAUGAACAAACAGGAGGAGAAAGAAGAAGUAAAGGAGUGUUGAGAUUGUGGUUACGAUGAUAAAAGAUGGAGGAAGAGACGACGGAAAUUGUAAAGGGAUAUCAUAAGCUAGAAAGGUGUAGUAGGACGAUAAAGAAAGAGAAAAGGUGUGUAGAGAUAUGUUGAAGUGAUGGUUGUGUGACUCGCCGCCCGCUCGCCACGCCGGGUCGCCAAGGAAGGCCAACCAUCGCCACGCUGGGCUCGCUACCGGGAUUUGCAAUAAAGAGUUUUCGGACGAGC